UGCUGGUCUCUUCCUUCCUCUUUCACUCACAUGUGAGGUUUAUACUUUUGCACAGAUGGACCAGGAAAAUGAUUUGGACUUGCCUUGACGCAGAGGUCUGAGAGUGUAUUUUGACCAAAUUGCUGAGGAUUACAUCUGUCUGAUGCCUUUCUUUUAAACUGCUGCCUUCCCCACUAGAACAUAAAACAGGGAAGUAGAACUCCUGUUUGGCAUCUGAGUACAGAAACUUUUGUCGUGGAUCCUUAUAUGCAUAUCAAAAAGAGAUCAGAAGACAAGUGAUCACUGGUGCAGAAUGAAUCUCCUAGGGAAGAGUGUGUUGCUCCAAGAGGAGUCCUGAUGUUGAAAUGGCGUUAAUAGCUCUGACGAUCUUCUUGUGUAUAGCUUUCCUAGAUACAGGAUGGGGAAGCAAACCUGCAGCCUAUCACAGGCUUUGCAAAUUAGUAGGGGCAACUGCAUAUUGCAAUGGGAGGAAACUGAGCUCUGUCCUGGAAGACUUGCCUGAUGAAACAGAGGAACUCUUCCUGGAUGCCAAUGUUAUACAGGCUCUAAAGAAUGCAUCUUUAGCACAGUUUCAUGUCCUGCAGAGCCUCAGCCUGUGCGAGAAUGGGUUGAAACUCAUUGAACCUGGAGCCUUCCUGGGAACCAGAAGUCUUAGUAUUCUUUCUGUGGCCAACAAUGCCCUUUCCACAAACUAUUCUGUGACAGCAGCUGCUCUUUGCACGUUGCCUGUGUUGAAGAAGCUAGACCUCUCAGGAAACCAGCUCACUGAAGCUAUGAUGGCCACUCUGGUACAGCACCUGUCCUCUCUGGAGUACUUGUCUUUAGCCAGGAAUGCCAUCAUGAGGCUGGAUGAUUCUCACUUCAGAAACCUUCCCAAUCUGCAGUACCUAGAUUUGCAGCAGAACUACAUCUUUGAGAUUGAGGUUGGUGCCUUCAAAGUUGUAAGAGGGCUGCAGCACCUUAAUCUGGCCUACAACUACAUUCCUUGCAUUGUGCAGUUUGAUCUGACCCAACUACGGAUGCUAAAUGUCAGCAACAACCAUAUUGAAUGGUUCUUGGCUGCAGAGAGUGAUGUUACCUUUGAAUUAGAAACACUAGAUCUUUCCCACAACCACCUCCUGUUCUUCCCAUUGUUGCCCAGGGAAAACAAACUGCGAACUCUGCUGCUGGCACACAAUCAAUUGAACUUCUAUGGGAAUUUCUCCAAUAAUAGUUCAGAGAGCUUAGUGCAACUGCUGUUCCUGGAUGGUAAUAUUACCAACAUCACCACCCAUGAUCUCUGGGGAGAAAGCACCCAUAGCAACCUCUCUUACCUAACCUUUCUAGACUUGAGCUGGAACCAGCUCUGGUACCUUCCAGACAGGUUUUUUGAAGGGAUUGUUUCCCUUGCUUAUCUGAAUCUUAGUCACAACUGCUUAAAAAUGGUACACUUGCAGGAGAGGGGAUUGUUCAACACACUUAUUGACUUGGAUCUCAGCUACAACCAGCUUUUGGAUCUACAGAUAAACCUGGGUCUUGGAAGCAGCUUAUCCAGCCUUGAGAGGUUAAAUCUAAGCAACAACAGACUGCAUGGCUUGCCAGCUAAAAUAUUUUCUCAAACACCAAAGAUCACUACAGUUGACUUUAGUAAGAACCCGAUAAAGAUUUGUGCCCCAUAUGGUGAAAAUUCUAGUUGUGUAGAUCUCAGUAAUAUUGGCUCCAUGAGGAACCUUUACUUGGCUGCUUGUGACCUUGAAAUGCUGAGCAGCCACAUGUUAAAGGGGACAUCCCUUGCAUGCUUAGACCUUUCUAACAAUCCCAGGUUGCUGCUCUUGGGCUUGGGACCUCUGCAAGAGGUUGCACAGUCUUUGCAGGUGCUUUCUCUCAGGCAAACAGGUCUCUCUGCUACAGGCACAAAGUUGGAUUUUUCAGCUUUUCAGAAGCUGGUAAGCCUAGAUUUGUCUGAAAACUCUCUGGACAUCUUCCCUGAAUCUUUAACAAGCUUGCAUCUGCACACUCUCAAUCUCAGGAGAAAUAGCCUCCACACCCUACCUCAGCACAUCACACAAACGCAACUUGGAAGGAGCUUGCACGUGAUCUACCUCAGCCAAAAUCCCUAUGACUGCUGCAGAAUGAGUUGGUGGGAUACCCUGCAUAGCCUUGGCACUAUAUCCAUUGCAGAUAGGAGUCAAGUCACUUGCAACUACUCCUCCAGGUUCUUCAGUGUAGUCCGCUUACCUGAAUCAAUCCUUCAGGUUUGCAAAUGGCAAACAGCAGAUAUGACAUUGCUGUAUCUUGUUCUUAUUCUUCCAACCUGUUUGACCCUGCUGGUUGCUUCCGUCAUCAUCUCUCUGACUUUCAGGCAACAUAUUCUUCGAAUAGUAAAGAGCAGGUACACAACAUCCAGCCCAUAUUGACUCUGGGGUGUCAGGAAGGAAGGAUGUGAGCCACUGAGCCUCUAGGAAUGGGCUCAAGCAGGAUUGGAAGGCUGGGAGUUACCCUCUCAGGUAUUGUAGCCACAGUGUCUGGCAGUGUUUUUUGAGGAGCUGCCCAACUAGUGUAAUAAAAUGUCCUUUUUAUGUACUUGGCAAAGAUGGCACAGCAAGUUCUGAGUAGAGAGUUACAAGUUAAAUGUACAGAUAAUGUACCAUUGAAAAAGAGGCCUUUAAGAAAGACAAGUUUAUGCAACUUUUGUUGGGAAUCAAGCAUGGGUUUUGUGUAUGUGUGUUUGUAUAAAUGUACCUCCAAUUUAGAUGUAACUUGCUUUUUAAUUCUAGGAGGAGCAUGCUUCCUUACCACACCUCAUUUGCAGCCUUGUCCAUGUACUAAAUGAAAGACUCAUUGCAAAGCUCUUUCUAACAUGGGAAGGAGGAGUGAAAUCACAGGAUUAUACACUGUAUGCUUUAAAUUGGGAACUGUAUGCUAAAAAGAGUCAAGUUACAACGUAGAUAUGAACAGUAUGAGGCAGAUUGCACGAGCCAGUUAGCCACUGACACUCAUCCACUACAAAACAAAUCUUUACUUUUCUGAGGACAUGGUGGAAGUGCAUCUGUGCUCCGAGACAGCUGCUAGAUCAGGCUUGCCCAAUUCAGUGUCCUCUGGAUGUGUUGGACUGUAAUUCCCAUCAUGCUUGGCCUGGGCAUAAUGGCUGCAUAUGAUGGGAGCUGCAGUCUAACACUUCUGGAGGGCACCAGAUUGAGGAUGGCUGUAUUUGAACAUAGGCUAGACUUUUCAGGGAAACAUGAAAAGGAAUGCAUGAGAGACAGGAAUAAAAUCUGGAUUCCUCCAUUGCCUAACUCUGCUGCCUGCUGCUUUUUCCAAGUGGUUUCUCCCAAUAUUUGUUUCCGGGACUAGAUGAAAAGGCAAGGAGGAAAUACCUCUAAGCUACACUGUGCAGUGAGAUAAGAUAGUGGCUGGGUUCAGACAAGUCAUGGUGGAAACUGUGCUGGCGUGAAUUGUCAUUAUGUCUGAACGUGUUGUGAGCUAGGCGUCCCCUCUCAAACAAGACAGACACUUCAGCAAUGAUUGGAAGAGUCUUUAUUCCAUACAGAAGUCUACUUAUUCACAAGCCUCGAAACACACACACAGUGGAAAGUUGACCCCUCGCUCUGCCCCCCUGCACCCAAAGCUUUGCUUAUGAACGCUUCAGCGCCAGUCACUGGAGGGAGGUGCACUAUGGAAGUGGGUGCGCCGAGUUUCUUCCCAUUGAGCCCCCAGUCAGUCUAGCCGGUGGGUGCAUUGACGGGCCGUUGUUUCCAUGUCUCCUGGGGUGUCAAGUUCUCCUCCCAAGAACCCCCUCCCCCAGCCUGCUGCCCCCCAGCCUGGCUGCUUCCCCACAAUCAGGAGGGGGGGGCAGGUCUGUGGUUGUCCUUGAAGUUCUUUGAUCCAGAGCUGGCUU